UAUCUUUAGUUCAGUACACAGCAUCGUGUCGGCUGGUGAGGAACACGAGGCGUCCCCUGAAGAGUAAAGAUCCAUAGCGAAAGCACUCGACUACCUGACGACCCCUGUAGUGUUCUGGAUUACCUUCAAGCGUGAAACACUUGACGCAGCUCAGGAGCCCAUUGGCAGCCGCUCAAGAUCAAGUGGAUUUCAUCUGGCAGGAGACUAUGGAAGCAGAGACCGGAUUCUCUCGUAGACAACAGCGACACCAGAACCAAGCGAAGGAGGCCGAGGGCGCAGUCAGCAUGGCCACCUCAAGGGGUCGAGUCCCAGGCGGUGAUGCAGCGCAAGGGAAAAUUUCUCCAGGAGAACUGAAUGACUUGGUCAGAGCCUUGUCUCUGUCGAACGAUAAAGCUGAUUUCUUAACAUCCUUUCUAAGGGGAAAAUGUUUACUUAUGAAGGAGCGAAAUGUAGUAUCUGAUUCUUGCCAGGGAUCCCAAAUUCCUGAGAUAUGCUGUAAGUCAGUAUCAGGGAAAUGUAAAGAUACUGGUUGCCCGCGACUCCACUCAAAGCGUCAUUUUCAUUGGCAAGUGACCGCAGAUUUUAUUACUUGGUAUGACUUCCCAGAGGCACAUGUUCUCUUUCUGGAAAACCAUUUCUGCGAUCCUGAGAACGACCUGAUUCUCCUGCGAAAACUCGAUGACUCCUGCCCUGACAGAGCCCUAUUAUCGCUUUUGGGAUACCAACUUUGGGAAAUAGGAUUCGUAUACGCGACAUGGGAGAAUAAUUGUGCAAAAUGUCCCAUUCGAAGUAAAGACUCACAAUAUUACAUCCGGAGACUUUGCUCCGAGAGAAGUCAGAAGAAAAUCAGAGCAAACAGAUUCAUUUGGUAUUUCCAAGAUGACUCGCGGAAAUGGCUUCCGUUUGACGCCGGUAGCAAUAAUAGGCUGGAGGAGGCUCAUCAAAGGGAUCCGGAAGGCAGAGUGAAAAUAGAGACCGGCAGAGCCAGAUACAGAGUGGAUUUCAGCAAAAUGAGACAGGAAAACGAAUCGACGAAGAAACAGAGACGGAUCCAGCGCAGACCAUUGCCUAUGCAAGGUUUUAUAUAAGAGUAAAUAUAUGUUCUGCAUUAAUUUUGAUCGUAUGUAUGCAGACAUAUAGAUGGAUGGGUAUACAGAUAAAGGUACAGAAAAACUGUCAGAUUUAAAGAAAUGUACAUUGACAUUUAUAUAUGUGGAUAAACUAAGAUAUAGUUGUAUAGAUAAAGGAGUAAAUAGAUAGAUGGAUAUAUAUAUAUAUAUAUA